CUGUGCCUGUCGGGGAGCAGCGGCAUGCUUGUAGUGCGCUUAGUUUUUAAGUCUUGUUUCUGAGUAAUAACUGGGCAAUAAACGCCGCCCGGUUGUGUGGAAUUUCUAUAACGUGAGCAAACCCACAGUGUAAGAGGACGCACUUUUACUCAGAGGCUAUUUAUUUCCCGGCUGACGUGGGAGCGAGAGAGCGCUGGCUAAACUGUCGGCUGGGCAUCUCUGCGCGCCGGGAAGAAGAGGACAGAAAGCAGCGUUGACCUGCUGGGAUUUAAAGAAAUCCGCGUUAUUGUUUGUAUUUUCUGUGAGGUCUCAGACUCCGGCUCUCUCCUCUGUGGGUAGACUACACACUGAGUUGCGAUGACUGUACUGAAUUAUCCGCCGGCUGUCUGUAAUUUCUCCAGCGAAACCAGCCCCACCGCCACCCGCCCUUAGAAUAAAGCUGCUGUAAAGCGAGUCAGCACCGUCGCCGUUGUCUAACAGCUGGGAUUUUACACUUUACCAUGUCUUGAGACGUGGAAGGGAAGCUGCAAAGAUGAUGACAGAUUAUAGGGAGGAUGGCAUGGACCUGGGGAGUGACGCAUCCAGUCGCUCCAGCUCAGAGUCCAACUCCAACAAGGUCACACCUUGCUCCCCUUCUCUUGACCUGGCUACUUUAGAGGACUACAAAUCCUCCCCCUCUCUGGACCUGGUUACCUUAGAGGACUAUGAGGAAGAUGAGGACUACCAAGAGUAUAAGAAGAAGGUGAUAGAAGAGUGGGAGAGUGAGUAUGGAGAGGACUAUACCUCUCCACAGCCCUCUGGUGAGGGGGACGGCAGAGAAGGCAUUGUGAGCGCUGACAGUGCUGGUGAAGGCUACAGGAAGACAGUGAACAGCCGCAGCCUUGCUGAAGAAUUCCAGGAUGUCAAGACCAUCCCGCCCUUACCGGCCCCCAGCGGACGCACUGCCACGUCAGCCGCAGCCGUCCCCGAUGAACUGAAGCAAAAUGGCAAUCUGAUUUUGCCUAGGAACAACCAGCCCCAAUCUCCUGGCACACCACAGGGAGGCACGGGGACUCCUAAGUCCAGCCACCGGAGCACCAGUCAAGGCAGGGGGAGUCGCAGCAGUGGCGGAGGCAGUGGUGGAGGUGGUGGAGGAGGAGGAAGUGUGGGGACUGUGGGGAUAAUGCGAGGAUACAGAGAAGAGGAAGGGGUAGAAGAAGAGCCUCUGCCCACCAUGGACUGGGCAGCCCUGGAGAGACACCUGGCUGGGCUGCAGUGCAGAGAGCAGGAGAACCAUAACCUCAACCAAAACCAGAACCACAACAUGGGCAAGACCAACUACACCUCAGCCCAGAAGAAUGAGCGGGAGUCUAUCAGGCAGAAGUUGGCCCUGGGCAGUUUCUUCGAUGAUGGGCCGGGCAUCUACACCAGCUGUAGCAAGAGUGGCAAACCCAGUUUGUCCUCAAGGCUGCAGAGUGGGAUGAACCUACAAAUCUGUUUUGUCAACGAUAGUGGCAGCGAUAAGGACAGCGAUGCAGACGACAGCAAGACGGAGACUAGCCUGGACACACCUCUGUCCCCUAUGUCCAAACAGAGUUCUUCCUACUCGGACAGGGACACCACAGAGGACGACUCGGAGUCUCUGGAGGACAUGGACUUCUUGAGUCGACAGAAGAAGCUGCAGGCAGAGGCUAAACUGGCUCUGGCUAUGGCCAAGCCCAUGGCCAAGAUGCAGGUGGAGGUUGAAAAACAGAACCGCAAAAAGUCACCAGUGGCUGACCUGCUUCCACACAUGCCACACAUCAGCGAGUGUCUAAUGAAAAGGAGCCUGAAGCCCACCGACCUGAGAGACAUGACAGUGGGACAGCUCCAGGUUAUAGUAAACGACCUGCACUCCCAGAUUGAAAGUCUCAACGAGGAGCUCGUACAGUUGCUACUGAUUCGGGAUGAGCUACACAUGGAGCAAGACGCCAUGCUGGUUGACAUAGAGGACCUCACCAGGCAUGCCGAGAGCCAGCAGAAACAUUUGGCUGAGAAAACCCUAUCCAAAUAAGAUGCCCCCAACCCCCACCCAAGCACCCCCCACCCUAACACUCCCCACCCUUACCUCCAAUCCGCUUCCCUAUGCCAAGCUUAGUCCCCUGCUCCCAAACAAACUUUCCCCCUCCAGCCAUUCCACCUCUGCCCCGUGUCGAUCCGAACCCCUCCCCGCUUGUCCUAAGUACUUUGCUCCUCGCUGCUUCCCUGUCCCCUCCCGAUCCUCCCCAUCUCCUUUUCUGUCCAACUCACUGACUUCAGCGGUAGCAGCAGCACAGAAGAAGGCCGCCCUCGUUCAUUCGCUUCUGUGGUUUUCUCCCAGCGCAAAGGACGGUGUAGCACGUCCUGUUUCCUGGGAGAGGAGGCAACUGAUUGUGUGUCGUCAUGGAUUCUGUCCCCCAGCUUCCUGUGCAGUGAUCGGCCUCGCUUUGCUCUUGUUUCUUUUUUUAACUUUCUACAUUCACCACUAAAUUAUGACUGUUCAAGCUCAACAAUUGUGGAGAAAAAAACAAACAAAAUAAUAGUGAAAAAUUUAGUAGAAAGUCAGUCAUGAGAUUUUAAAAAAGAAAAAAAAAGAAACAACGCUGUAUGAGAAAAAAAAUCAUGGAAAACUAACUUCAGACCAUUUUAAGUUGGACGGUAAUUAAAAGUAUUUCAGAGUCGACCCGUUUUUAUUCUGCACAAAUGGUCGUUUUCAGCUGAUGAGAAAUGUUUGUUUGAAGGUGCUAUAAGAGUGUAAAAGGAAAACAUGCCUGCCUUGUAGUGGAGUUGUAGAUUUUUUGGUAAUACGUUCACUCUAAUUGCUCUUCAACAUUUUGUGAAUGUUGAUUUUCUGACACGAGUCAUUUUAAAUGAAUAAGUGUGUUAAUAUUGUUUUCAUCCUACUGUAUUCAGAUACUUUAUUUGAGGGAAGAAAUGUUUAUGUACAGAUAUGUAAAAUAAAGAAUAAACUUUGUUUCAUAUA